AUAAUCAUGAAGUCUUUUUCAUUUUCAUAUCUUUCAUAGAAACAUGAAUCUGAGAGAAAACAUGAGGAGCCAUUUUUUGCUGGCGAUGAUUGGAACCUUUGCCGUCAUAGUUGGAGCCCAGACACAAGAAGGAUUCAUCAGUUUGAAUUGUGGAUUACCUGUUGAUGAAUCUCCUUACGAUGAUUCAUUUAAUGGAUUGACAUUCACAUCGGAUUCUGCAUUCAUCCAAACAGGGAAAAGUAGUAGAGUCGAUAAAAGUCUCAACAAAAUAUUAGGAAAACAAUAUUUGACCCUGAGAUACUUUCCUGAAGGAAGGCGAAACUGUUAUAGUCUAGAUGUCAAGAGUGGCACAAACUAUCUUAUCGCAGUUAGCUCUGUAUAUGGGAAUUAUGAUGGUCUUAAUCGUGAUCCAAAGUUUGAUAUCUAUAUUGGUCCCAACAAGUGGUUAAGUAUGGAUUUGGAAGGAAGACAAAAUGGCACAAAAGAGGAGAUCAUACACAAAGCUAGGUCAAACUCUUUGGAUAUUUGUCUUCAUAAGACCGGAGAAACGUUUCCAAUAAUUUCAGCCAUCGAAAUACGGCCAUUGAGAAAUAAUACUUAUGUUACAAAAUCUGGUGCACUCAAGUUGUCUUUCCGGGUGUAUCUUAACAAUACCGCGGGAUUUAUAAGGUAUGCUGAUGACGUCCGUGAUCGUAUUUGGUUCCCCUUCUUUGGCUCUUCAUAUGCGCAGAUAACAACCGACCUCAACAUAAACAAUUCAAACGCAUAUGAGGUACCAAAAUCUGCACUCCGAAGUGCUGCCACGCCAAAAAACACCAGUGGGCCGCUGGUCAUCACCUGGACACCAAGGCCCUCUAAUGCUCAAGUGUACUUGUACAUGCAUUUUGCGGAGAUCCAAGCCCUCGAAGCCAACGAGACAAGGGAAUUCGACGUUAUCUUGAAAGGAAACUUUAACCAUUCAGGUUUUAGGCCUACCAAGUUAAAGGUAUUUACAUUAUUCACAGAAGAACCAAUGCAAUGUGAUUCGAGAGGUUGCCAUUUAGAGCUAGUAAGAACUCCAAAGUCUACUCUUCCACCUCUGAUCAAUGCCCUCGAAGCUUACGCAGUUAUCGAAUUCCCACAAGUGGAAACAAGCAUAAGUGAUGAUCCAUGUCUCCCAAAAGAUUUGUUGUGGGAAAAACUUAGAUGCACUUACGUAGAUCUUUCCACACCACCAAGAAUCGUUUCCUUAAAGUUGUCAGAGAGUGGAUUAACAGGGAGAAUAGCUCCAGUUUUACAGAAUCUGACACAACUACAAGAACUGGACUUAUCGAAUAACAAUUUGACUGGACCAGUUCCUCGUUUUCUUGCCAGCAUGAAAUCUUUGUCCGUGAUAAACUUAAGUUGGAACAAUCUCAAUGGCUCAGUUCCUCAGGCUCUUCUUGAUAGAGUAACGGAAGGACUUGUGUUAAAACUUGAAGGAAAUCCAGAUUUGUGCAAAUCUAGUUUAUGCCACCCAAAAGCGAAAAAAAAAUUCUUGCUUCCGGUUAUUGCAUCAGCUGCCUCUCUGCUUGUAGUUGUAGUGGUGAUCGUGGCUCUUAUUUUUGUUUUCCGAAAGAAGAAGGUGCCUUCAGACUUACCUGCUCCACCAAGUAUGCCAGUAGGGGAUGUUGGGCACACUAGUCAGUCAGAAUCAUCAUUCCUAUCGAAAAAGAUUAGGUUUACUUUUCUUGAGGUUCAAGAAAUGACAAAUAACUUUGAAAGAGCUCUCGGCGAAGGAGGCUUUGGAGUCGUUUAUCACGGUUUUGUUAAUCGUACUCAACAAGUAGCUAUUAAAGUGCUCUCCCAUUCAUCAUCUCAGGGCUAUAAGCAUUUCAAAGCAGAGGUGGAAUUGCUUAUGAGAGUGCACCAUAUAAAUUUGGUGAGUCUUGUUGGGUAUUGUGAUGAAGGAGACCACUUGGCCCUCAUCUACGAGUACAUGCCAAAUGGGGACUUAAAGCAACAUUUGUCAGGGAAGCGUGGUGGAUUUGUUCUGAGCUGGGAGAAUAGACUUAGAAUCGCUGUGGAUGCAGCGUUAGGAUUGGAGUACUUACACACCGGAUGCAUACCACCAAUGGUCCAUAGAGAUAUCAAAACUACAAACAUACUUUUGGACCAAAACUUCCAAGCCAAACUAGCCGAUUUCGGGCUUUCAAGAUCUUUUCCCACUGGAAAUGAAACAUAUGUGUCAACAGUUGUUGCUGGCACUCCUGGAUAUCUUGAUCCCGAGUAUUAUCAAACAAAUUGGUUGACAGAAAAGAGUGAUAUAUACAGUUUCGGAAUUGUAUUAUUGGAGAUCAUUACAAACCAACCCAUAAUUCAGCAAUCCCGUGAGAAGCCUCACUUGGUAGAAUGGAUCAGCUAUAUGAUAAGAAAAGGAGAUAUUAGAAACAUUAUGGAUCCAAACCUCCACCAAAAUUAUGACAUUGGUUCUGUCUGGAAGGCCAUUGAAGUAGCAAUGUCUUGUGUGAGUCCUUCUUCUGCAGGAAGACCAACCAUGUCUCGAGUUGCCACUGAUCUAAAAGAAUGUCUGAUAUCCGAAUACUCAAGGAUAGGAGAGAGUCGGGACAUGGAAUCGAAAAGUUCCAUGGAAUUCAGCAUGGGUAAUUACACCGAGGUGUUCCCAAAAGCACGUUAG